AUUAUUCACAAGCGUCUUGCCAACUUCUCCUCUCUAAGCGACCCCUGUUCGUUUUUUCCCCCGCAGACAAGAGUGGAGCGUACGAAGGACGAAGGAGUCAUCAUCAGCCAUGUCAGCAGCGAGGGGACAAGCAGAUAUGCAGCGUCUCAACAUGAACCAGUAUGCCACUAAGAAGACGGUGGCUGAAAGCAUGCUGGAUGUGGCUCUGCUCAUGGCCAACGCUUCUCAGCUGAAAGCCGUACUGGAACAAGGGCCCGAGUUUAAGUACUACCUGACCGUGAUUGUGCUCAUCGCAGUGUCGCUCUUGUUCCAAGUGCUCGCUGGGGCUUUCUUCAUUCUCAUGGCACGUAAAGAUCUCAACGAUGUCAGCAAUCACAGAAAGCUGGACCUCAUGAAUAAUAUAGCGACUGCCCUAGUGUUCCUCACCGUCGUCAUCAACAUCUUCAUCACUGCGUUCGGUGUGCAGAAGACCGGCCUCUACCCUCAGCAGUGAACAUUAAGGGAAGAUUACAGAAUUGGGAACUUGAUAUUACAGAUUAAAAUUUAUGACUGUUAUGUAAAAUAGUGCAAAUAAGAGUGCAUUACAGCAUGACAAACAGUAUUCUGUAUGUAUUUUUGGUUUGAGGAAUCCCACAUAUACUGUAUCAUCAGUGAAUCCUGGCGCCUUCCACCGUAGAUUUAAAUGAAUACAAACAAACAAACAAACAAACAACUGUUCUGUACUGUUUACCUUUGCAAUAGGUAGGAUUGUAUAAUGUAUUUAACAUGUUAUAAAUCUCGCUUCUACCUUUUGCUUUAACAUUUUGAAGCGUUUGAAUUUCCAUUUAUUUCAUUAUUUAUUUGUUUAUUUUGAACUAAAAGCAAAAGCAGUGGCCUAAACUCGCCUUGCUCAUUAUUUAACUUGUAAACAUUCCAGUGCCGAAAUCUGUUCAUACAAGUUUAUGUAUCAGGUUCAGUGUGAGGUCAGUGUUCACUUUACUAUUGAUUUACUAAAAUCUAAAGCGCUGUGUUGUGAUUUUAUAUGGAAAAAACAUUUAAUAUGGUGUUAAUACGAUACAUUCUGCUCACGAAACACUUCUCAUUAAAAUAGAAUGAAAAGUU